UCCCAGCGUAUCCGGCGCGGUCACCAUCGGCAGAUCACGAGCCCGCCCCUGUGGCCCGGAUCCAUACGCGUACGCGCGUCCUCGUCUCCACGCGCACCGCCUUUCCCUCCUCCCCGGCCGGCCUCCCUCCUCCUCAAGUACCAAAUCAGCCGUCGCGCUCUCCACCACCACCACAGCCACCUCCCCCUCCCCUCCUUGCGCCGUCGCGUCAGCCUCGUAGCCGAGUCGACGUCGACGACGCGCGCGCCCACCCACAACUGCUGGGCGCCAUGCUGCAGGCGGGCUCGGAGCGUGCGGCGCCGCUCCCGGGCGCGGCGAGGCUGUGGGUGCCGGGGAUGAGCCCCGUGGCGGCGGACGGGGCGGGGGCGUCGGCCAGGGCGCGGGAGAUCGCGCGGAGGCGGGACGAGAUGCUCGGCAUGCUGCGCGACCUCCCCGAGGCCGACUACGAGCUAUCCCUCACCGACCUCGUCGACAAGACCGCCGCGCCCGGGGCCAACGGAUGCGUGCCGCCCUUGCCCUUGCCGGUCGAGAGGAAAGAGGCGAGCCCGAGCCCGAGCCCCUUGGGUCUGGCCGAGUCCGGCGGGCAGGCCGAGCCGCAGCCGCAGCAGCAGCCGGCGAGGGCGACGGAGAGGAAGGGCUCCGCCUCCGCGAGGCGGCGCGGGGACGGCGGCAGCGGGGGCGGGAGCAGGAGCGGCCUCCGCAGCAGCAGCGACGGCGUCCUGCUCAACUUCUACAUGCCGCGCUCCUUCACCCGCAGCUUCACCGCGCCGCGCCCCGCCCGCACCCCCUCCUUCUCCACCUCCGGCCGGGCCGCCAGCGCCGUCGCCCCCGACGACUGCAACAAGAGGGAGAGAGACGGCGACACGGUCAGGUGCUGGCCGCUGCCGUGGGACCGGCGGUGGCGCAAGUCGAGCCGGCGGCGGCAGGACCCCGCCGCCGCGACGUCCGGCGAGCUGUCGGCGAUGCUGACGGCGGCGGACCACUCCGCUGCCGCGGACAGAGUCUGAACACCUUUAUCUUUCUUGUUAGGUGAACCAUGGUGAGCUCUUCUAAACGGCAUCCGCCUCGGAGAAAAGCAAGGCAGAUCUACGUACCAAACUACUGUUGAAUGUGCACGCGCGUUUCUGCGGUUCUGUACAUACGUACGUACGUACUUCACACGCAACGCAAUACUGUCUGGUUGUUUAGUUUGUGCUAUGAGUGCGGUGUAGGAGUGGCAUGGACUCCAUGUAUCUCGACAACUAAUUUGUCUGUACAGCAUAGAACAAAUAUGCUAUGGCAUUCCCGGGCAGGAUCAAAUGCAACGGAGAGGCAUGCUUUUUAUUUA